AUGGAUUGGAACGACAACCAUGGCCUAUUCCUGCUAUCUAACAACUCUAUGUUUGGUUUGGGAUUCUUUCCUGUCUCUGAUGCCAAAUCGUUCUUACUGGCAAUCAUUCACAAGGACAGUUAUAAGACGGUUUGGAAUGCUAAUAGAGAUCAACCCAUAUCAAACUUUGAUAAGUUUGACUUUGACAUAAACGGCAACCUCUUUUUGACAAGUGGGCAUGGUGUCGUUUGGUCUACAAGCACACCAGGAAAAGGAGCCAUAGCCAUGGAAUUGAGGGACUCGGGGAACUUGGUGUUGCUUGGAGACGAUGGAGAGAUCAUUUGGCAGAGUUUUAGUCACCCCGCAAGUACACUUUUACCUGGUCAGCAAUUCUUGCCGGGAAUGAUUCUGAAUAGCUCUCCUAAUCACAGCAACUUGUCUCACUUUCUCGAAAUCAAGUCAGGGAAUUUGGUUCUCUAUGCAGGGUUUCCCACCCCACAAAUUUAUUGGUCUAUAGGAGGUGAAACCAGGAAAACAAAUAGCAGUGUCAGUGGGGUGGUUCAUUCUGCCACUCUAGUCUCCAAUUCAUGGAACUUCUAUGAUCCAAAUGGAAACUUACUUUGGAAAUUUGUCUUCACAAGCCAAUCAGACAAAACUGCCUUCUGGGUUGCUGUUUUAAGCUCUGAUGGAAUGAUUUCAUUCAAAAAUCUUCAAAAGGGAGGCACUACAACUUUUGCGGCUAUCAAGAUACCAGAGGGUUGGUGCAGUGUUCCAGAGCCUUGUGAUCCCUACUAUGUGUGCCAUAAUGACAACUGGUGUGAGUGUCCUUCUCUUCUCAGCUCUCAGUUUAAUUGUAAACUUCAGAACCUCCCAAACUGUAAUCGUUCCAAUGAUCCGGUGGAGCUUAUACACGUGGGAGAUAAUGUUGACUAUUUUGCUGUUGAGUUUGUCAAACCCUCUUUAAAGACUGAUCUCAAUUCUUGUAAACAAGCAUGUCUCGAUGAUUGUUCUUGCCUUGUCUUGUUUCACGAAAGCAGUUCCGGAAACUGUUUUCUCUUUGACCAGAUUGGAAGUUUCCAAUAUGCCGGUGAGAAUAGUCGUGGCUAUGUUUCCUAUAUUAAGCUCUCAAGUAACGGAGUAGAAAACGAGGAAGAAAAGAACCACAUGCUAAUAGUUGUGGUCAUUUUAGUUUCGACUAUUUUGGUUAUUUUUUCUAUGGUUUAUACUGGAUUCUUGUACCUCAGGAGAAAGAAGAGACAACUUGAUUGUGCUCAAGAGGCCUCAGAUGAUGAUGAUUUCUUUUACAAUCUUUCUGGUAUGCCUGUUCGUUUUACUUAUUCUGAUCUUUGUUUGGCUACUGAAAAUUUCUCUAGAAAAGUUGGCCAAGGAGGGUUUGGUUCAGUCUACUUAGGUGUUCUUCCGGAUGGGACACAGUUGGCUGUGAAGAAACUUGAAGUGGUUGAUCACUGGAAGAAAGAGUUUAAAGCUGAAGUUAGCAUUAUUGGGAGUAUCCACCAUGUCCAUUUAGUCAAGGUCAAAGGCUUCUGCACCGAAGGCCCUCACAGGCUUCUUGUUUACGAGUACAUGGCUAAAGGGUCUCUAGAUAAAUGGAUUUUCAACAACAAUCAACUAUUGGAUUGGAAUACAAGAUUCAACAUUGCAUUGGGCACAGCAAAGGGUCUUGCCUAUCUUCAUGAAGAGUGCGAAGUGAAGAUUAUGCACUGUGAUAUAAAACCUGAAAAUGUUCUGCUUGAUGAUAAUUUUGUGGCCAAAGUUUCAGACUUUGGUUUGGCAAAGCUAAUGAACCGAGAACAGAGCCUUGUUAUUACGACAAUGAGAGGAACAAGAGGGUACCUCGCUCCAGAAUGGCUCACCAACUAUGCCAUAACAGAAAAAAGUGAUGUAUACAGUUAUGGCAUGGUCUUACUUGAGAUCAUUAGUGGGAGAAAGAAUCAUGAUUCAGAGGAGAAUUCAGAGAAAUCCCAUUUCCCUUCUUAUGCUUUUAAGAUGUUUGAGGAAGAAAAACUUGAAGAAAUCAUUGAUUCAAGGCUAGAAGUGGAUGAAAAUGAUCAAAGAGUGACUCGUGCUAUUAAAGUAGCCUUGUGGUGUAUUCAGGAUGAGAUGCAUACAAGGCCAACAAUGACUAAAGUGGUUCAAAUGCUUGAAGGUCUUUGUGAGGUGCCUCCACCACCAUCUUCCAAAGCGCUGAUACUAGUUCAUCAUGACUGAUUGAGUUUUAUAGAGAUGCACAUAGAUAACACUUGUAAUCUCCUGAAGAAUGAGAAUAUUUCAAACUU